AUGUCUCAAGAUCAUCCUGAUGCAGAACCGGCUCCUAGCUCCAAAGGUUCUGCUGAAGCAUCAGCAGAAGCUGCAAAGCCCAGCAAAAGUGUCGCUGAGUCAUUUCCUACUUUAGAAUGGCAACAAGUCGAUUCGAGCAUCCCAGUUGAAAGCUUUACCAACUACAAGAUACGUUUGACCGGAUGGUCAAGAAAAGAUCAGCUUAAGAAGAGACUAGAGCAGGAAACGCAGCUUCGUGAGGAAGAGCAAGCCAAAAAACAAAGAUUGCAGCAGGAACAAGAAGAACAAGAACAAGAAGAAGAGGAAGUAGAGGAAGAAGAAUCUAACAAGGUCAAAUCAGAACACAAUUCUCCUGAAAAAAAUGGCAAUGCCCACGAAGAACCCGCAAAUGGAAUCGAGUCUGAGAACGACGAGAAGGUAGAGGAGAAGGAAGAUGCAGGAACCGCUGCUGGUGGAGAAAAAGCUGCGGAUCCUACGGAGGCAGAUGAGGAGGCGUGA